GUCCUUUCUAACGCACAAGUCAUCACUUGGAGUUGUGUUCUUACCUGGGAAGCGGUUUUCAUUACUUUGGGAAAUUUAUUCACAAUUAUUACCUUUACAUUUAUCAAGAAGCUUCGGGCAAAGAAAAGCUUAUAUCUUGUUAUAAAUAUGGCUUUUGCUGAUCUUCUGUUGGGAAGUUUGUGUCUACCUAUAUCUAUUUUUACACUUGUGACUUACCAACAGUUAUCGCAGGAAAGUUCUCCCGUUUUUCUCAAAAUGAUUAUUGUUGUUUUCGCGCAGACCUCUUUUAUUUCUGCUGCUUUGAUAUCUGCUGAGAGAUUUUACGCCAUCUAUUGGCCGCUGAAGCACCGAACACUUUCUACGCGAGCAUACAGGCUUGUUAUGUUCACGGUGUGGUUAUUGGCUAUCCUUGGUUCUAUUUCUACUUUUUUUCUACUAAAAUUCUUAAGCAUAGUGGAUUUGUAUUUUUUGCUGUGUUUAUACGGCUUGUCCAUUGUUCUGACUAUCUGCGGCCUGACCAUGGGUAUUUGGAGAAAGUUUCAGCAAAAAACUGUUCCUCAUCACCAAAACAGAGCCUUGCAAAACAGACGCCUAACGAAUACCUUAUUAUUUGCAUCUCUUAUCGCCUCGGGUUCCUGGAUCCCUACAAUUGUUUAUAACCUGAUGGUCUUUCUUGGGUACAAAAUAACUAACAACAUUUUCCUGGUGACUUUCUUGAUAUUUUUUUUCAACUCCUUAGUCAAUCCAGUGUUGUAUGCACUACGGAUUCCCGAGUCUAAACAAGCCUUAAGCUUAUUCUUUUUCACCAGGCGCGAAGUAAUAGGAAGCAAAGGAAAUACAGGAACA